AUGGAGGGUGGCGGCGGCGUGGGCGUCGCCGCGGACGGAACAGAGGGAGGAGAGGCCAUGGCCUUGGAGGGCGGUGGAGGCGUGAGGCCGGUGCGGCUGACUGCCUUUGUCUUCACCUUGGACGGCGGGGCACCCCUCGGCCCGGCCGCCUUCGUCUUCGUCAUGCCCCCCUUCUUGGCAGCUCCAGCAGUCACAGCCGGCGGAGCUGCGGCCGCCGCAGGGGCUUCACAGAAUUGCUUCGGGAUUCUCUUCCUCUACAACGGGAUGGUGGCGGAGAUCAUGGCCGACACGUCACCGGCGUUUGGUGGACCUCCGACGGGGACAUCAACCACCGCGGGCGAAGGUGGUGCACCGCUGGCGGUCGGCGGGCCUUGCGGGGGAUCUAUGGCAGGGAGAUCCAUCCGCGUCGUUGUCGGGAAGGGCGGGGCGGAGGUGAUCGGCGGCGGUGGCGGCGGUUGGGUUUCGCUGAAACCCUUCGCGCGCAGUGGAGGGGUGAAUAGUGGUUUGACCCUCUAUUCCCCUUCCCACCCCGCACAAGUAGGGGGCGAAGAGCCGCCCCGUAGCCAAAACUGA